ACUCGAUCUCGGGCUAUCCUGGCUUUGGUAUCUUCUGAAAGCUGACAGCUUACAAGAGAACGAUCCCACACUACUGCACAAUGGACAUCGAAGAGUUCAGAAGAGCAGGGUAUCAAGCCAUCGACCGCAUUUGCGACAUGUAUUAUGCGAUGCAGGACUCGAAGCGGCCCGUUGUCUCCCAGGCCGAACCCGGCUACUUGCGUCAGGCGCUUCCUGCUUCCCCUCCGGAGAAGGGGGAAGAUUACGCACUGAUCGCGGAUGACUACCAGAAGUUGAUCGUACCCGGUCUAACAUUAUGGCAACAUCCUUCCUUCUUUGCCUACUUCCCCACCGCAAGUACCUUCGAAGCCAUCCUCGGUGACUUGUAUGCGACUAGCGUUCCCAAUCCAGGAUUCAACUGGUCUUGCAGCCCUGCAUCCACCGAGCUCGAGGCGGUCGUCAUGGACUGGUCUGCACAGAUGCUUGGUCUCGAUCCUGCGUUUUACAACACCUCCGGUGUCGGUGGAGGCGUGCUUCAGACGACCGCAUCUGAUUCCGCUCUGGUGGCUAUCGUCGCUGCUCGCGCACGCUACACGUCUCUUCACCCGUCUGUGGCACUGGAGGACUUGGUCGUAUACACCACCACGCAGACGCACUCGCUCGGCGCCAAAGCUGCACUAGUUUUAGGCCUCGCGUGCCGGUCGCUUCCCGUUAAGGCCGAAGAGAACUUCGCGCUGCGGGGCGAGAUUUUGAAGGUCGCGUUGAAGGAGGAUCAUGCAAAGGGCAAGAGGCCGUUCGUUCUCGUGGCGACCGUCGGGACUACGUCUUCAGGCGCUGUGGAUAGGAUCGAUGAGAUCGGCGCUGUCGUGAGCGAGGUACCUGGUAUGUGGAUGCACGUUGAUGCUGCAUGGGCCGGGAUCGCACUCGCAUGCCCCGAGUAUCGAGAGUUCUGCCAAUUGGAUGCGAUCAACACCUACGCGGACUCGUUUUGCACGAAUUUCCACAAGUGGGGCCUUGUGAACUUCGACGCAUCGACACUCUGGGUGAGAAACCGGAAGCAUCUCACAGACGCGCUAGACAUCACCCCCGAGUUCCUCAGGACGAAGCAUGGCGAUGCAGGAACUGUGAUCGAUUACAGGAACUGGCAUCUGGCUCUCGGGCGUCGUUUCCGCUCUUUGAAGGUUUGGUUCGUCCUCCGUGGCUACGGUGUGGAAGGGUUCAGGACGUACAUUCGACGGAGCAUUGGCCUCAACGAAACGUUUGCGGAUCUUGUUCGCGGGUCUUCCGUGCUCGAGCUUGUCACGACGCCAUCGCUCGCGUUGUCAGUGAUCCGUGUCUCGCCGUCGAUCUCCAAGAUGUCCGCGCAAGAGCUCAAUGUGCUCAACCGCGUGUUCUGGUCUCGAGUGAGCAGUCGGCCGGAGAUAUAUCUUACGCAGACGGACCUCAAUGGCGUGUUCUGCGUGCGAUUCGCAGUGGGCUCGUUAAUGACCACUGAGGAACAUAUCAAACAAGCGUUCAAUAUUCUCACAGAGGAGGCGGAGGAAGCUCUCCGGUUGUAUCAUAGCACACCGCCUGCGUGAAUGUGUUUAUGGUGUGGUAGACGAAUAUCACUCCU